AUGCAAUUGGCGCGAGUGAGCCGAGAUGGGACAUCGUUCGGAGCGCUCGUGAUCCGAAUGUCAAAUGAACUAGAGAAGCACCCUAAGCCUAACCCUUGGGCGGUAAUCCCGGAGUGUCAGACGAUAAUAAGAGUGACAUUUGGAGCGCGCCGGGUAGCGGCGGUUAAUUCUGCAGAGCGGCAGCGGCCGAUUGUGACACGAACUAAACCCCACUGGCAC